UAUUUCUUCAAGAUUAAUUAUAUAUUACUACGGAGCCCCUAAGAGGUGAGGGUGAGAACUAGUUUUGCAUUCCUUCGCCAUAUUUUCGCAAAUAUUUUCCCACCCUGACCAUUCCUACUGUCUUAUUUCUACCGAAAAAUCAUAUUUUAUACCAAGAAUCGAAUAGAACUUUCAAUGAGAGACGUCAUCGGGUCGAGGUAAAUAGUUAACAUAUUUACUGCCAAAAUUGUUUGUUUUAAAAACCCGAAAAGACUUGGAACUUAUUUCUAGACUAACUAGGUUAUUUCUAGACAAAAACUUUACUGUACCAUUUUAGAUAUAAAAGACCACUGCGUCAUACAUCAAACCUGGACUUUCCUUUCCAUAGUUUUAGACAACACGUGUAUACCACACAAAUCCAUGAAGAGUACUACUUACCUACGCAUAUAAUGUAUGUAUGCGUGACCCGUACUUUUAUUUUGAAACAUAAGCUGGUAACGGAACCGGAAGCACUAAUUGAAAAUGUCCACGUCACCCGGUCGUGUGCGGUAUUUCCUGCAUGUUUACUUGUGUAAGUGGUUAGGAGGCGAAGUUUGUUAUUUCAACGUGAGAAUUAAAAUAUCGGAGUAGUUAAACAUCCUGUUUUGAGGCUUAACAUUAUUUGCAUUAUCUAAUUUUUAUAUGAUAGCAACGGUAGCGCAGUUUUGUUAAAAUGAAAACUGAUACAGUUCACUAGCUAAGCAUUCACCAGCUUUUCAAGAAUUUAUCUGUAGUACCGUUCCUGACAGCAAAGUUUGCAUCUUCAAAUCGGAGGACAGCCAUAAACUCACUAUGGUUUUGAAUCCAGUCAUAUCGAAAUUGACUGGCAAACUUGUAGUCCUAGCAAGUGCUUCUCCAAGGAGACUGGAGAUUCUGACCAAUGUGGGAAUGCGGUUUGAAGUUGUCCCGUCAUGGUUUAAGGAGAACUUGGAUAAAGCACUGUUCAAAAAACCAUACGAGUAUGCCGUGGAGACCGCGAAGCAGAAGGCUCUGGAGGUUGCCAGGCGGAUGCCAUUUAAGCACUUGAAGACUCCUGAUAUUGUAAUUGGAGCAGACACCAUAGUGACAGUUGAUGGUCUGAUUCUUGAAAAGCCUGUUGACAAGCAGGACGCAUACAGGAUACUUUCUAGGUUGAAUGGUAAAGAACACAGUGUGUAUACAGGUGUGGCAAUUAUUCUGUGCCAUGAAAAAAAAGAUCAGGAAAUUGAGUACAAAGCGGUCGAUUUUUAUGAGGAGACCAAGGUAAAGUUUGCAGACUUAUCUGAAGAGAUGCUGUGGGAAUAUAUACAUAGUGGAGAGCCAAUGGACAAGGCUGGAGGUUAUGGGAUCCAGGCCCUGGGGGGGAUGUUGGUGGAAUAUGUACAGGGGGACUUCCUGAAUGUGGUGGGCUUUCCCCUCAAUCACUUCUGCAAGGAGUUGGAUAAAAUCUUUAACAGCCCCGUCAGUGACACUUCAGACAGAAGACGCACUUUAGCGGCAGAAGGGACAGUGGGCGCGAUUCCCAAAGAUCAGAACAGUGCCGUACGCGAACAAAAUGUUGCCCAGUGUGGGUCACAUGACAGAUGUGAGUUUCCACACAGGAUUGCUGACCUGCUGGAUGGAUUCAAAGCUUCAAAGGCUCUGUUCACAGCUUGUAAGCUAAAAGUGUUUGACUUGCUGGCCUCUGCAGAGUACCUAAGUGCCACACAGGUAGCAGGAAACAUUUCCGGAUCUUUGAUAGGCACUGAGCGCUUGCUGGAUGCUGCUGUUGCCCUCGGUCUUCUGGAGAAGCUAAAGCUAGGAGACACCAUAGCGUACCGAAACACGGAGCAGACAAGCCGCUAUCUCGUGUCCACUAGUGAGUUCUCUCUGAAUGAAUACAUUCUCUACUGCGAUGAGAGGGUCUGGCCCCUCUUCACCCACCUGGAACAUGGUGUUCUGGAGGGGGUCAGUCAGCAGGACCAUGUUUUUGGGAAGAGGUGUGAGGAAAUCUCGAAGCAUGCCUGCUGCAACCACAGGGAAAAACAGCUGCAGUUUAUGAAAGCCAUGCAUAGCAUCGCCAAGGUGGCUGGGGGAGAUGUGGCAACCGCGUUCGAUCUUUCCCGCUUUAGAACCGCUUGCGACUUAGGAGGAUGCACUGGAGCCAUGGCCUUUGCAUUCUCUAAUGUCCACCCAGCCUUGUCAGUGAUUGUCUUCGAUCUGCCUGAUGUUGUGGGGAUGCAUGCUCACUUCCGCCCUCAUGGCCUGGACCUCAGCAGAGUCACAUUUGUUGCUGGAGAUUUCUUCAACGACGAUCUCCCAAAGGCCGAUCUCUAUAUUUUAGCAAGAAUUCUUCAUCACUUGCCCGCUGAGAAAAUACAUGCUUUAUUGAGUAAACUGGCGGAGAUCUGCAAGCCAGGCUGUGGAGUGCUCCUUGCGGAGAUCUUCCUGGAUGAAGGUACGAGAGGACAGAGCAGCGGGAUCUUGCAGUCCCUGACUAUGACUCAGGGAGUGCAGAGGAGUGCUGCUGAGUACACCCUUCUGCUGCAGAAAUAUGGAUUUACUCAAGUCAGCAUCAAACACACUGGGAACUUCCUUGAUGCCAUCCUUGGUGUGAAACAGUGACCUAGACACUAGGACCAAAAUUCUGUCUCUAUGAAUUGGCCUGAUUGAAUUUUUUUUAGAACUUAAUUUUUUUCCAUGAAGAUGAGUGUCUGCAAAGUGUCAGCACUGUAAGAACAGUUCAUAAUUACUGUUGAGUACAAAAGUAUCUAUAACAUGUUGUUUAAAUAUUUUACAAGUGAUCUGAUUGUGUGUGUGUGUGUGUGUGUGUGUGUGCGUGAGCAGUUACACCUAUCCUUAUGGGGACACAAUGUUCCCAUAACGUGAUAAAUAUCAGUUUUUUUUUUCCCUUAUGGGGACCGGUGUCCUGGUCCUCAUAAAGGAAAACUCUAUUUUAUAAAAAUCAGUGACUGCUAUGAAAAACCUAAAAAUGCAAAAACUCUUGUAUUUUGCUCGGAUACUUAUGGUUAUGGUUUGGGCAGGGUGGGGGUUAAGGUUGUCAUAGUUAGCGUUAGCAUUUUUCCCAUAGAAGUGAAUGAGCAGGCCCCAUAAGGAUAGGUAUACCCUGUGUGUGUGUGUGUGUGUGUGCGUGCGUGUGUGCGUGCGUGCGUGCGUGCGUAUACAUUACAUUUUUCGGUUCCCCCAAGGGGAAGUUCAAUUUUAUAAAAAUUUGUGACUGGAAUAAAAAAAUGAAUAAUUCCAAAGAAAAAAA